CAAAAUCAACCUAAUAAUCCAUUUUCUUAUACUUCUUCUUCUUCUUCUUCGUUAUACUCCGUCGUGCUCCGGUGACUAAUACCGGCGUUAUGAUCUGCGUCGAAUGUGGAACCCAUAGCAAUCCGUGCAGGUGCAAGGUGGUGGGGCCGACCCUGGGGUUCUUGGCCUUCGCGGUGGCGGCGGUUGUAGAGUGGCCAGUGGGAGCUCUGGUUUAUUGCUUCCGCCACCACAAGGGCCGCCGUAUCAUGGCGCAUCCGGCCACCGUCGUUUACCCGUCGGUGUCUAAUGCGGUUCCUAUUUGAGGGAAUACGCAGCUAAUGAAAUUCCUGUCUAUGGCCGCUUUAAAAAAUAAAAUAUAUAGAGGAAUUCUGUUAUC